AGUGGAGCUCGUUCAUGUAUAUUUAUGAGGCGUUUCUGCAGUGAGGCGGAUGGAUAUUUUUGAUGUCUUGCUAAGGAGGUGGUGGCUUCUGCUCACUGAAGAAAAAAAGGGCCUGAAUUUAGUUUUCCAGAACGCACCCGCCUUCGACCAGUCAUUCGCCCGCCGCUCGCGCUACCCGCGUCUCGGUGCGGAGGCUGCUCGCGCGUCACUAAUGGCAACCAGCGCGCGAAAGGAUGUGUGUGCGCGCCUUCCUGAGGGAGAACGAAAAUCGCGUAUAACUUGGGAUUUAACUCGUGUAUCGUAUAAUUUGGGAUAUAUGUGAUUAACCGCGAUCUUCUGAAACGAAUGGACGCGGGAAUGAUGCCUCUCCGUGUCGGGAUUUCCUUUCUGUGUCUCUUUGUAGCAGUGAUGAGCUCUGUUAUACAUACCAGCAUCUCCCUGACUCAUUACGGUGAGGGAGACGCCUUGGUAAAGACGAGGGCUCGGCGUGAUGACGCCAGGUUCUUCGGAAGAGAGAACACGGUCCCGGUCCGGUUAGUGUACCGAAUGGACGAAGACAGUCAGGCCGGUCAUGAUGUUCUCAACACACGGGUCCGAAUGAGCUCUGACGCUAAACAGAACCACAUGGCUCAGGCUAGCUUCCAGGUGCAGGCCUUUGGACAGACCUUCAUUUUAGACGUGGAACUGAACCAUGAUCUUCUAUCAUCAAAUUACAUUGAGAGGCACAUAACAAAAGAAGGGAAGUCAGUUGUCAACAAAGGUGGAGAACACUGUUACUACCAUGGGAAAGUACGUGAUAUUCCAAAGUCAUAUGUGGCGCUUUCAACUUGCCAUGGAUUACAUGGAAUGUUCUUUGAUGGGAACCACACAUACAUGAUUGAACCAGGAGGAGAGAAUACUACAAGUGAGGAGGUUGAUGUGCACAUGAUUUAUCAGUCUCCUGGUUUGGACCUCCCAGAGGACUUCAUUUCUGCAGAUCACCUGGCAAAGACACUGUUCCAGAACCCUCCACUGUCUAGUGCCUCCCACAGGAGGAAAAAGAGACAGAUAUUGCGAAAUCCACGGAGUGUUUCAGAUGAGACCAAAUAUAUAGAGCUGAUGGUCAUAAAUGAUCAUUUAAUGUACAAGAAACAUCGUCUUUCCGUUGGACAAACGAAUAACUAUGCCAAAUCUGUUGUAAAUAUGGCUGAUCUGUACUUCAAAGAGCAACUCAACACUAAAAUCGUCUUGGUUGCGAUGGAAACAUGGGCUGCAGACAACAGAUUUAACAUCAACGACGAUCCCAUGGUGACAUUACGAGAGUUUAUGAAGUACCGAAGAGACUUUAUUAAAGAAAAGUGUGACUCCGUUCACCUUUUCUCGGGAAACCGCUUCCAUAGCAACUGGGGAGGAGCCUCAUAUAUGGGCGGAGUCUGUUCACUCACAAAAGGAGGCGGAGUCAAUGAGUAUGGAAAGACUGAAGAAAUGGCCAUAACUCUCGCCCAGUCACUAGGACAAAAUAUCGGCAUCUUUUCUGAUAAGAAACGCAUUUUAAAUGGGGAGUGCAAGUGUGAAGAUAAAUGGUCUGGUUGCAUAAUGGAUGAUGUUGGCUUCUACUUACCCAAGAGAUUUUCUGACUGUAACGUGGAAGAGUAUCAUGAUUUCCUGAACAGUGGAGGUGGUGCGUGUCUCUUCAACAAACCUUCAAAGCUCUUGGAUCCUCCAGAGUGUGGAAACGGUUUUGUGGAGGCAGGAGAGGAGUGCGACUGUGGAAACCCAGCCGAGUGUGCUAGAGAAGGGGAGAACUGCUGCAAGAAAUGUAUGUUGACUCAAGGAGCCAAAUGCAGUGAUGGUCUCUGUUGUAAGAACUGUCAGCUGGAGUUUAUGGGUGUGCUUUGUCGUGACGCUGUCAAUGAUUGUGACAUACCUGAAAUGUGCACUGGUAACUCCAGCCAGUGUCCUCCAAACCUACACAAGAUGGAUGGGUAUACAUGUGAGAAAGACCAAGGAAGAUGUUUCAAUGGCAGGUGCAAAACCAAGGACAGACAGUGUAAAUACAUCUGGGGAGAGAAAGCAACAUCGGCUGAUAAGUUUUGCUAUGAGAAACUCAACAUGGAGGGCACAGAGAAGGGCAACUGUGGACGUGACAGAGACACCUGGAUUCAGUGCAAAAAACAGGAUGUACACUGUGGAUACCUGCUGUGCUCCAACAUUUCUCCUGCACCCAGACUAGGAGAGUUACAUGGAGGUUUGACUUCUUUCUCCGUGGCCCAGCACAGCGCCUCACUGGACUGCAGUGGAGGCCAUGUGCUGAUUGAUGGUGACAUUGAUUUGGGAUACAUAGAGGAUGGAACGGCGUGUGGGACGGAUCGCAUCUGCUUUAAUCACAAAUGCCUCCCAGUGCAGGAAUUCAACUUCAGCACAUGCCCCGGCACCAACGAAAGGGUGAUCUGCUCCGGACAUGGGGUGUGCAGUAAUGAACUCAGGUGUGUGUGUGACCUGGGCUGGGCAGGUGAGGACUGUAACUCCACCUCUCCUCUGAGUUACUUACUGGUGCGACCCACAGCCAAAACACCAGGCAUCAUCACUACUAACAUCAUCAUCGGGGCAAUUGCAGGCUCUAUCCUGGUCCUUGCACUGAUUCUUGGCAUUUCUGCAUGGGGAUACAAGAGCUACAGACAGCGUCAGUAUGUGGAGUCAGAAGUACACAGAAGAUUCUGUCGUCAAAUGCCUGCUGGUGAUUACGUGAAGAAGCCUGGAGAUGCUGAUUCUCUGUACAGUGACAUGCCGCAGGGCGUGAGCUCAAACUCUGGCAGCAGCUCCAAGAAGAGAUCUAAUGGUCUGUCUCACUCCUGGAGUGAAAGAAUCCCAGAUGCCAAGCACAUCUCUGACGUCUGUGAAAAUGGACGACCCAGGAGCAACUCGUGGCAAGGAAACAUCACAGGUACCCGUAAGAAGCUCAAGGGAAAGAAGUUCCGUCCGCGCUCCAACUCUACAGAGUAUUUAACCCCUUGCGUCAAAUCAGAGUAUUAUGUAACUAAAUGGGUAGAAGAUGUGAAUAAAAACACUGAAGGACCUUAUAUUAGGACAUUGUCACCCGCCAAAUCGCCCACUUCUUCAACGGGCUCCAUUGCCUCCAGCCGGAGAUACCCCUACCCCAUGCCUCCCCUUCCAGAUGAGGAAAGAAAGGCCAACAGACAGAGUGCCAGGCUGUGGGAAACAUCAAUAUAAAAGAACUCCUCGAAAAUGGUCUGCAAACUCCGUAAAAAGAUUUUCCUCCACUUUUGUAUGAAUGAGAAAAUGAAAUAAGAAAAUAAGGAAUUCAAAUGGAGAAACAAGGGACAAGUGAAUGGAAGAAUUGGGCGUGGUCUUCUCUGAUCUCUGUUCAGCAUUUUCGGUAUGGAGCCAUCCCACCCUGGACAUUGAGGAACAUGGUAUCAGAUUCCCAUUCCUGCUGUCAUUCAUAAACAGGACUCAGGAAUACAAUUUCAUCACAGGACAGUCCCGGAAUGGCAGCCGUGCUAAGCAGAAACAGAUACAACAGCAGCCACUUGUGCCCUGGAUAAACCCCGCCCCCUCUUGUGACCCCACACAUGCCCAGUCCCGCCUCCAAACACAUGCUGUCUUGUGAUUGGUGCCCUUGUUGCCCGGUUCCAAGAAGCUCAUGCAGGAGCAGGAAGUUAACUAUUGUUUUGAACGCACGCUGUCACUGUAGAACCUACUGCUGCAUGCAUGAGAAAACAUGUUUAUCGAUUCCUUGUAGUGUUAACGGUGUACAAAUGUUUUAAGAUCUUUCACUCAAGGCUGCCGCAUGUAUUGAAGGACAGCUUCAUAGGCUGGUAAGAUUCAAUCCCAUCUGAAACCCCCACGUCCACUUCACCAGAAUAUCAUCCGGGUCCGUUCAUGCAGUCAUCUCUUCUCAGAGAAGUUUGUACAUAUGUCAUAUAAUUCAGAGUGAAAUGUGAGUUUUAAUGUUUGUCUGUGCAGAGCGUGGUGGAACUUCUCUUCUGCUUUAGAGUGUCUGUCCCGUGAUCGUCUUUCUAAAUUUAGAGAAUUCAUCACAAGCCUAGCACACGCUACAAGGCAGAAGCGCCAUUUCAUGAUUUCUGCAUCAGUCCCAGGUCAUAGCAGUACAUCCAAAAUCUUCUACUUCAAAUUGAGUAGUUAAAGAUGUAAAGAUCAAUUUGAAAGUUGUGACAACUGGAAAUAGCUAUGGACUACCAAAGAGAAGUCUGUCGUUUUUAAUGGAAGCUUGUUUCUGUCACAGAAUAAAACAAUUAAAAAAGUUAAUUACAACUCUGCACUUCUGGCUUUUAUUUAUGUAUUUAUUUAUUUUACUCAGAACAGAAUUGCAAGAUAGGCUGUAAAAGCUUUUUCUUGCAAAUCUGAGUCUAGAACUUGCAAUUGCAACUUUUCUAUCAGAAUUGUGAGAUUAAUUCUGUGGUGGAAACGAACCUCCAAACAUCUUGACUAAACAUUACAAGGUCAAGAGAGAGACAGAAGUAAUAUGAAUGGAUGAAUUGUUCACAAUUGCAUACACCAUAGGUCUUCAGUCGUGCUUCUGGGAACCCACUGUCCUGCAGAGUUUAGCUCCAACCCUAAUCAAACACACCUGAACCAACUAAUCAAGGUCUCCAGGAUCACUUGAAAAGUCACAGGCCAGGUGUGCUGAUACCAGAGGGGCAGGGUUUCAUAUUUUAUUGAAGCAGCCCUGGGCGCCGCCAUUGGCUAGCAGACCCCCACCUGCUGUUAGCAUUCCAUUGACUCCCAUUCAUUUUGGCGUCACUUUGACAGCGAAUAACUUAACAUCUGAGGCGUUUAAAGACUCCAUUUGUCCAUUAAUUAUUUCUAAAGAAACACGAAAAUGUAUAAAAGGCUCCAUUACCUUGUAUCUUAUGGUAUGGUCCCGUAGAAGCAUUUAAAAAAAAAAAUAGGCUAACAAUUGCAUCAUAACCUGCGAAUCUCUGUUGCACAGUAAAGAAAUUACCGUAUGGACAGGAGGAGAAGCUCGCAGACAAUCUUUUACUGUCUAUGAGGCAAUCGGGGGUUCGUGGAGGCAUAAAGUCAAGGGAGAUAAUUAAUCAGAAUACUUACCAAAAUUUGCUCCUGUUCACGCUCACCUUCUCUGCAAGAUUCGGUGGGUGAUUCAGAUUUCUCUUGGCACAGUGAUUAGAAGACUUACAGGUUGCUCACGUGACAUCUACGUCAUCAAGCUCGGUUUGAGUCUGCGCAGUACACCCUACCCCCAGGAAGUGCGUGCUUCUAAUUGACUUAAUUUUUCUCUGUUGAAUCCAAUGGGGUCUCUGUGUCCAUUUUUUUUACUGUCUAUGGCUGAUUCAGGUUGGAAAGAAACGGCAGGACACUGGGUCUCCAUGCAGGAGCAGGGUUGAAUACCUCUGCCACACAUUAAAACAAUAGAUAGGAUGGAUUUAACGAUGACUUUCAAAAUCUGCUGUAGUGUCUACAUAAGUUGACAAAUAAUGGUGUCAGUUUCAAAGUCCUACCAUGCCAACACAUGAAAAAAUGAAAUGAGCUUCUUCAUUGUAACGUGCACGUAUAGUCUCUUUUGUGAUUCAAUCGAGUUUUUCCCUCAUGCUCACAGCAGAAUGUAAUUCUUUCAUUUACUUAUAGUCUUCAUCUCACAUUAUUUAUAAUUAUCUCGUAAGUGUAAGGAAUGUGAUUUUAGCUGAUUGUUUUUGGCAUAGUUUUUUGUUAUACAUGCUUUAAUCAUGAAACAACUAGAACAGAUUUGCAUAUUGUCUAUCCAACUUAUUUUAUCGUAAGUGCAGGCGCUGCCAUUUUUUGCCAGUGUGUGAGGUUUCCGGUCUGUUAUGAUGUUACUGGUCCUUUAAAAAAGAAUUUUAAAGUUUUACAGUUAACUGCAUUUUGUUAUUCUUCUUGUUACCUAACCAUUUCACCUGAUGAAUCAGCACAUUUGCAAAAAAAAAAAAAAAGCUUGCUUCCGCAUUGAUUUUAGAUUCAAUAUUUAAAAAGUAAUUUUCCCAUUGAAAAAUAAGUUGGAUAAAACGAACGCAAAAUGCAAGAAUAGAAGGCAAUAAAUGGCUGCUAUGAACUACUGAACUAAUUUACUCAACUGAAACCCCGGAGUGAAUUAGGAGGUUUUUUUAACACAUCCUCCCUGAAUAACAUGCAUGUAGACUUGCUGUUAUGAACCCAUAAUCACAGUUUUCUGAUUUUGUUAGACGUUUGUUUAUGGCAUGACGCCUCACGCUACAGUUUUCUUCUGGUCACAUGAUCAUCCAGUCUUGAUAGAUUGCCUACUUCUGGUCAGAAUUGUAUUAGUAAUGGCAGUUUUCAUCUGUACAUAUAGGCUAGUAUGCUGUGCAUCGGCAUUGAUUUUUGCACUCUGCCUGUAAUCCACGAAUAACGUCCCGUAACAUCACCAUGAUGGAUAUGAAGUAUUUUUAAGCUGACUUUGUAACGUCUUUCCCUCCUCCCAGGUAUUACUACUUGUACAUAUUUAACCCCAACCACAAUUAAGUGCUUUAGAAUGAUUAAUACCGCAAUAGGUUUUGUGCAAACUGUUUAUUUCAUUAACAGGCCGCCUUUGUACAUCAAGUGAAACAUGACGACUUUGUGUUUGUAUUUGUAGUUUACACAUAAAAUACCAUCAGGAGACUAGACUCACACAACGAACAUGAACAAUAACUCAGUAUUGUUUAUUUUUGUUUAUAACAACUGUCCAUCUGAAGCAAUACUCUGCUCACUUUGACCCUGGCCUGUUCGAAACAAAUGCACACUCGAUCUUACUGGAAUAAACGUGUCUGUCAAAACCGAGUCAGAUGCUGGUCGUUUUAAUCGAUUCAUCGGGUAUCUCAGCACAUUGAUCCCUGAUUGAAGUAAGGAACCAAAAUACCUAUGAAUGUAUUUAAGAAAAAUCAUAUUUUCACACAUAGCUACACCCACUCUGAGAUCUAUAGAAGCCUAUUUUCUCCACAAGAUUAAUAAUAAUAAUAAUAAUAAUAAUAAUAAAGGUGAUUCCCCCCCCCCACCCCACAGUUUGAAUGAGAAAAAACUCAGAAUUUUGAUUUAACGUUACUUUCUUAGAAUUCAAAGUUUUCGUUAACGUUCUUUUUUUCCCACGAUACAGAAUAAAAAGUGAAAAUUGUAAUUUUGUAAAAAUGUUGGAAUUGCGAGAUAUAGACUCAGAAUUCUGACUUUAAUCGCAAUUCCGAAUUUACGUGUAGAUUUUUUUUUCUCCACUACAGAAGGAAAGAAAAAAAAUUUUUAUGGUGCACUGUUUAGUUUUUUUUUCUUACAUUUUUUUAAAUGCAUUGUUUUAUCUAACAAUUCUGUCUUUUUUUCUUCUUUUUUUUUAAAGUUAUCUCACCAUUCAAUGCUUUUUCCUUAGAAUUGCAAGAAAAUAAUUGAAUGUUUUUAUCCAAUGGUGGAAACAAGCUUCUACAGCGAUCUCUCUCAAAAUCACACAAACUGGAAUCCAGGACAGCGUUAACCGGCAGUGAUUUUUUUUGCAGCUGUAAUGCAGGUCUUUUCCAUGCUUUCUGCUCAGUCAGCCUCUGUCAGUUUCUCUUGUGUUCGCAUCUGACCGUGUACACAGUUUAUAUUCAUAGAUUCUUCAUGGCUGUUUUUGUUCAUUGUGCUGUAUAUAGUCCGACAAUUAAAAUGAUAAAUGCUCAUUUUUUCAUACAGUAUCCAUUCAGUAUUGUAAUAUAUUUAAGAUAAAAGUAAAACUUUCAUUCAAA